UCAACAUGUGAAAGUUUUGAUGAAUUGAAAAUCUUUCAAAAUUUUUUUCAUUAUUAUUUCGCGUUAAUUACCGUCCUUUAAAUUGACAAUUAGUAUAUCGAAUAAGAUGGCCAAUAAUAUAGUACAAUAUGUCAUUGUAAGAGGUGAUUUAAAAUGGCCAACCGGUGCUCUAAUUGGUCAAGGUUGUCAUGCAUCAGUAGCUGCUGUUUACAAAUAUUUGAAUGAGCCAGAAACUAUAGAAUAUAUGGCUAAUUUGGAUCGUAUGACUAAAUUGGUUUUAAAAGCCGAAUCCGAAGAACAAAUAUUAAAAACAAGUGGAUUGUUGACGGCCAGCAAAAUAAAACACUACGUGUGGCGUGAACAGCCUGAAAAUUUUGUUACAUCAUUGGCAACGGCGCCUUAUGACCGGGAUAUUCUUCGACCAUUGCUAAAAGACUAUAAACUUUUUCGUUGAUUUAGAAAAAUGUUUUUUUUAUUAAAAUUCAAUUAUGAAAAAAAGAUUAUUAUAUCAGUAUAAUUAUAA